UUUAUUUUCCGUCAAACCAGCUGGUUUUUAAACAACUUUUUUUAAGUUGCUUAGAAAACCAAAAAGUAUUCCAACAUCCCAAAUUUUAAAUGUGGACUUGUGAAGAUUUUUGAAUAGUUCGACUCAUGUUACAUUAACAAAAAUGUCUUAGUUUGACAGAAUCCAGAUAUAAAGUUGCGAAACUUUGAUCAAAAAACAAUAGAAACCUGUAAUUGGUUUAGUCACACAUGGUUAUAGUGAACCGAGGCUAAUAUUAUAAUCGACAAUAAUUUUAAGGCCGAAUAAUUAUCGACACAGUUAGUUUCGAAGUGAAUAUGAAGAUGUGGAGUGGUUUUUGCGUAGCAGCCGGAUUGCUCUUAUUUUUCAACCUGGCUGCUGUCGAUCUGGUGCCCCAAACGGACUACUGUAAAUUGAAAAACUGCCAGGCCGACAAGGAACUUUCGCAUAUUGGGUGCAAAAAUGUGGGGAAUUGGUCGUCACAGUGCGGAAAGGACCCAAAGAUCGUUUCCGUACCCCAGAAGUUACAGAAAUUCAUAUUGCACUACCACAACACGUAUCGGGAUAUUGUGGCCGGAGGCAAAUUCCACAGGUUACCUAAUGCAGCUCGCAUGCUCAAACUGAAGUGGGAUCGCGAUCUAUCGCAAUUGGCUGAGCUCCUCGUGAAGCGCUGUGAUCUCCAACCCACAAAACACUGCAUUUCUACGGAAGUAUUUUCCUCUCCGGGACACCAUGUGGUGUACAACAAGUUCAAGGCGAACGCGAACUCAUUCAGGAUAAUUAGAUCACAGCUGCAUGCCUGGUACGAUCAGUACAAGCACGUCUCUAUAGCGAGUUUAUUAGAUGGACUGUCAAGUGAUAACAAAGAAAUUGGACACUUUCUGAGGAUGAUGGUGGGCCCAAGUAACCGAAUGGGCUGUGCCAUCGCCAAGAUCGAAAAGGAUGGAUGGACCCACCAAUGGCUAUCCUGCCUAUACAGCUGUUCACCCAAGAAACACUCCCCGGUCUACGAGUACUCUGCCGAACCCGCAGCUUUUUGCACCACCGGGGUCGACGGUCAGUUCCAACACCUUUGCAAUGAAGCGGAGCCUGUGAAAGACUGCAAGCAUUCUGAUCUCUUCAAGGAAGUCAUAACGAACGAUACUGCAUCGAUUCUCAGGGGAAUGAUGAACAAGCAAGUCCAAUCCAGGACUUUGUGCGUGCUCUGUAGUACGUGCUGCACAGUGUUUAAUUGGGUGAAAAAUAAUUGGAGUACGGUAACGGCAGUAGGUGAUGCGUUGCUCGGUGGAGGUGCAUCACUAAACUAG